AUGCAUCAUCGAAGUCAAGGUGCACUAGAAAGGUCUGUUUGCCGUCGCGUCGUCGAGGCAUGCGAUACCGAAUGCGAGUGGCCGAUUCCUGUGGGAUCUGGGCUUGUUUUGGCCGACGAGUCGAGGCGAUCGCGAGACGACGACGCCGCGGUCGUCAGGUGUUGCGACAAGCCGCAGUUGUCGGGCGGAAAAGUCUUCUGCUCGACGUCGGCCAGCACCGCUGGCCCGACGCAAAGGCUGGCCGACUGCUCUCCGGCCGGUUAUGUACACGUGGAGCUCGAGGCUGCCUUUGCACGAUGCAGCAAAGUGGCGGGCUGGCCGGCUCUCGACGCCAAGGUCUUCACGAUACCGACGGCUGGCAGGGCCGAGUCAGCCGGUCCAUGUUGGGCAGGUUCCGUGGACAAACGGGCCUCGAGUGUACCGUCUGCGGAGGUCGUGGCGGCGCCGCUUUGA